UGCUGUGACGUCACGAGGUGCCCGGUGUGUGUCCGCGUGUCCGUCCGUGUCCCGCUUCCCGUCGCCGCUCCCCUCCCUCCCUCCCUCCCUCCCCGCGCGCGGCGGGGGCCCCUGCAACGUCACGGCCCCUUGCCCGCGAGCGCACUCGCACGCGCUUCCCGCCGCGCGCCCUCCCUCGCGCUCGGGCGAGGCGUGACGUCACAGGCGGCCACUGAGGAGCGGGGCGGAGAGGGGGCGCGCGCAGGUGCAUCCGCUUCCCUCAGGGCGCCUCCCGCCGCCGUCCCGGGGCAGCGCCCGGGGAAAGGUCGGUGUUCGCUCCAGGGAGGACGGAGCGCAGCUUUCCCUCGUGCUCCGACCGUCAGCGGUGAGGGGAGGGGAGAGGGAAGACCGGAGGAGGGCGCGGAGGCAACGCCGUCACCAGAGGAGGCGGUGGCGGGGAAGAGGAGGAGAAGGAGCCGGCGCGGAGCCUCGCCUCACCUCGCCUCGCCUCACAGCCCCUCGGCCGUCCCCGCCUCGCCGUCCACGGCCGCCGGAAUCACCGGCGGCCGCCCGUCCUCAUGAUGGCCUCGACCACCUGCACACGCUUCACCGACGAGUACCAGCUCUUCGAGGAGCUCGGAAAAGGGGCGUUCUCCGUCGUGAGGAGGUGUAUGAAAAUCACCACAGGACAAGAGUACGCUGCCAAAAUUAUCAACACCAAAAAGCUUUCAGCUAGGGAUCACCAGAAACUGGAAAGAGAAGCUAGAAUCUGUCGCCUCCUGAAGCACCCUAAUAUCGUGCGGCUCCAUGACAGCAUAUCAGAAGAAGGAUUCCAUUACUUAGUCUUUGACUUAGUCACUGGAGGUGAAUUGUUUGAAGAUAUAGUUGCAAGAGAGUAUUAUAGUGAAGCAGAUGCCAGUCAUUGCAUUCAGCAGAUCCUGGAGGCCGUGCUGCACUGCCAUCAGAUGGGCGUGGUCCAUCGCGACCUCAAGCCUGAGAACUUACUUCUAGCUAGCAAAUCCAAGGGAGCGGCAGUAAAACUGGCAGACUUUGGAUUGGCUAUAGAAGUCCAGGGAGAACAACAGGCUUGGUUUGGCUUUGCUGGUACUCCAGGAUACCUUUCUCCAGAAGUGUUACGAAAAGAUCCUUAUGGAAAACCUGUGGAUAUGUGGGCAUGUGGAGUCAUUCUGUACAUCCUCCUGGUGGGAUACCCUCCCUUCUGGGAUGAAGACCAGCACAGGCUGUACCAGCAGAUCAAGGCUGGUGCUUAUGAUUUCCCCUCACCAGAAUGGGACACGGUGACUCCUGAAGCAAAAGACCUUAUCAAUAAAAUGCUCACCAUCAACCCAGCGAAACGUAUCACAGCAUCAGAAGCACUAAAGCACCCAUGGAUCUGUCAACGUUCUACUGUUGCCUCUAUGAUGCACAGACAAGAGACUGUAGAUUGCUUGAAGAAAUUCAAUGCAAGAAGAAAACUAAAGGGGGCCAUUUUGACAACAAUGCUGGCUACCAGAAAUUUCUCAGCAGCCAAGAGUUUACUGAAAAAACCGGAUGGAGUUAAGAUAAACAACAAAACCAACGUGGUAACCAGCCCCAAGGAAAAUAUUCCUACCCCGGCGCUGGAGCCCCAAACUACAGUAAUCCACAACCCUGAUGGAAAUAAGGAAUCAACAGAGAGUUCCAACACGACCAUCGAAGAUGAGGAUGUGAAAGCUCGUAAGCAGGAGAUUAUCAAGGUGACCGAGCAGUUGAUUGAAGCCAUCAACAACGGGGACUUCGAAGCUUACACAAAAAUCUGUGACCCAGGCCUUACAUCAUUUGAGCCUGAAGCUUUGGGUAAUCUGGUAGAAGGGAUGGACUUCCACCGGUUUUACUUCGAAAAUGCUCUGUCCAAGGCUAACACCAAGCCGAUCCACACGAUCAUCCUGAACCCGCACGUGCACCUGGUGGGCGAGGACGCGGCGUGCAUCGCCUACAUCCGCCUGACACAGUACAUGGACGGCAGCGGCAUGCCAAAGACUAUGCAGUCCGAGGAGACGCGCGUGUGGCACCGGCGCGACGGCAAGUGGCAGAACGUGCACUUCCACCGCUCGGGCUCGCCCACCGUGCCCAUCAACUAAAAAUAUCAGCGGUGCCGCUCUUGCAUUUUCUGUACCCAACGCACCUGGUUGAUUACCAUCUUGGCCAUCCCGUUCUCUUCAUGCAUGUUUCUGAGUGCAUGAAGUUGUGAAGGUUCUUCAUGUAACACAUUUGUGAUGCACCACGUUGCUGUAUAUUCCAUCUGUACACUGUUAACAUUUCAAUGAAGGUGAUGUUCCAUGCAAAUAGAGAAUAACAAGGCGUAAAAGACAAAAAGAGGUAUUGGAUGGACAGCAGUAGACACACAAUACAUUUGUCACUUGCUCCAUUUAUGCCAAGUUUUGACAGACAACUUUAAAAUCUAUCAUGUUUAUUAAAAAAAAAAAAAAAAAAAAAAAAAAAAAAAAAAAAGAAAGAAAGAAAAAAAAAGGAAAAGUAUAUUUUACCUUCUUUUUUUAAGAACUGGUUUUUGACUCCUCCCUUUCUCCUGAGUCCCAGGAUUUUGCUUUGGUUCUGGUAGGAAUGGUUAGGAUUUCUGCUGGCAGCUCCAUUACUGUAAAACAGGUUUUUAUCGUAGAUGGACAAAAUCACCGAUAAAUGUCGAAGUGUUAAUAUCUUGGCUUUGGACCAGCUGCAGCCUUCUUAGUUUAUUAGUCUAUGUAAACUGGAAAAAUCUCUUAAUUUGCUGCCUUGGCCACUCCAGAAUUAACUGUCAGUAUUCUGGUGAGUCAGCAGCUUCUGUUUUCCUUUUGAGUCCUUUUCGCUUUCUUAUUUUGCUUAACUAAAAGGUUCUGUUGGAUGAUAAAGCAAAAUUAAAAAUUGUGAAGAACUAAGUGAUGAUUGCAAGGCAGUUUUUGAGGAUUAAAAUGGAAGGAAAGAAAAAGAUUUUUUAUCACUUUUAGGGUGUACUGUAAAUUUUUUAAGGAGGCUUUAAAAAAUAUAAUAUGUGGGUUAAUGUAUAGACCAUUUGUGUGGAUAAUAUACUCGAGAAAUAUUAGGCCUUAAACCUAAGUAUGAAGAGUUUACUUACAUUACGCUGCUGCUGUUGCUUCUCUGGAAAUGCAUUACGGUGACACCAGUUUUCCGUGGGACCCUAACACUUCACCACAGGUUUGUGUCUCCCCGUUCCCCUCCAUCUGCUCUUGGUUUCUCGUGCUCCCCUGGCAGCGUUCGGCGUCGAGGCCGGCAAUCCGCAGGGCGAUCCUGACAGGUUUGUCCCGGCUGCGGGCCCAGGGAGGAGCCUGUGCUGGCAGCGCAGAACGCAAACUCUGCAACACGAACUAGUUUUCCUUCCCUCACAUUGCUGUAAAAAUACACCCCUGCAAGAAUUGCAGUUUCUUCCCUUCUGCUGUUCCAGGAAAGGCCAGGCUGGGCUGCUCCUGUUCUUCCCGGGGCUCUGUUAGCAGCAGGCUCCUGCUCCCUGCAGCGCUGUACAGUGCAUGGUAUCUCCGUCGGUGUCCUUUUUAGCCGUCCAAAAUUUACAACUCGGCAGCCAGAACUUUUUAAAAUGGGAAAGCUUCCUAAUUCGUAUCAUUUCACCUUUCUGUGUUGAUUACUAAUCAGAAGCAGUUCUUAAACAUGUUGAUGUUGUUACUAGUGGAUGUAUGGUAGAUGGACUUAAGCUUCUCUGACAAUUACUACAUGAUUUUAAACAAUAUAUAUUUAAAGUAAGCAUCUACAAUAAAUGUGUUGAGCCAUAUUAACCUGCCAACGGGAUCUGUGAAAAAAAAAAAGUAAUGGCCUCAUUUUUUUUUUCUCAUAAAUUGCUUUUCUUUUUUUUCUUUUUUCUUUUUUUCUUUUUUUCUUUUUUUCUUUUUUUCUUUUUUUUUUUUUUUUUUUUUUUUUUUUUUGGUGAAGCGGCUUAAGUGGCAUAACUGUACUUAAAAUUAAUGAAUUAGGUGUAGGGUGUUUUUUUUAUACUUCUAACAUAGCAUGUGGUGUUGAUGUAUUACUGUAGACCAAGUUUGUCUUCCACACCAAGAUGUGAGGAAAUUGUGAUUUGUUCUCUCCACCACAACUGAAUUAUACACUUCUGUCAUUUUGGAACACUGCAUUUUACCAUGGGACACAGUGUACAUAUUUCUUGCCAUAAUGGUAAAUGAUUGAUAUAUUUAAGGAUUAAUAAAUUUGUGAUUUCUGCUGA